AUUGAUCAAAUUUACAGGGCUCAGAUACCUUUCGCGGCUCGCGCAGACGGACGUUUUGAACCGUUGAAAAAGUGGCAUAAAGAAUGAACUUGACUGCUCAUCGCUGCAGCAGCGAAAGACCCAGCGAAUCGAAGAGCGGCAAAAUGAGUGGGAGGAAGAUCGUCACCAGCUGUUUGCUGAUCGUCCUAUUUUCUACAAAAUAUUCGCAAUCCCCGCUGUUUUCGAUGGAAUGGCUUCGAUCCGGGGCCAUCACGAAAAUGCCUCACUGCCCGACGCGCGGUUCCCUGUGA